UUUGCUGGUAACAGCAAGGAAAAGUUUGACUGCUUGUUUGUCUGUCUGUUUGUUUGCUUGUUUGAUAUUUCCUGGCCACGGGUUACUAUUAAUGAUAAUAUGUGACCGCGAGAGGUAAAUUAAGUGAAAUGUAAAAACAGUAAGCACCAGUUUCAAAAUAAUUUCGUACGGGAAUUUUUUCGAUCUAAAGCGUUAUAUGUUUCUGAUAUAUCAGCUUGCAGAUGUAUCAGUUCUGUUUUCUGCCCUUCUUUUGUAUUUUGGACGCCUGUGAUCCGCUCGGUCCAUGCUUCGCUUUCCCCUUUAAAUUUUCCCCCAGCCUGGGAAAUUGCUCUACCACCAACAUCAGCAGCCGCUGCUCCUUGAUGUUGUGGUAGCGUGUGCGCAUGCGCUCCACAUUGGAAUUACGGCACUGGCAAGAAUAAGUUGGACCUCGUCUGUCUUCACUGAAAUCCAAAAUCAUAUCAAAACUAUGGCGAUGCUGAGAAUUAGAAAAAGAAGCUAUUUCGGCAUUUGGACUUUUCCUUUAAUUGUGGCCGUUGUUUGUGCGCAGAGUGUCAAUGACCCUAGCAAUAUGUCACUCGUCAAAGAAACUGUGGAUAGACUGUUGAAAGGAUAUGACAUUCGCUUGAGGCCAGAUUUUGGAGGUCCCCCGGUGGGAGUAGGAAUGAAUAUAGACAUUGCGAGCAUAGACAUGGUAUCCGAAGUCAAUAUGGACUAUACGCUGACGAUGUAUUUCCAGCAGGCUUGGAGGGACAAGAGGCUGUCCUACUCGGAGAUUCCCCUCAAUCUCACUCUGGAUAACCGAGUAGCCGAUCAGCUCUGGGUCCCGGACACCUACUUCCUGAAUGACAAGAAGUCCUUCGUGCACGGCGUGACGGUGAAAAACCGAAUGAUCCGGCUGCACCCGGACGGCACCGUGCUCUACGGCUUGAGAAUCACCACCACGGCCGCCUGCAUGAUGGACCUCAGAAGGUAUCCACUGGAUGAACAGAACUGUACCCUGGAGAUAGAGAGCUGUGAGUGUCACCACCGUCCUGGCAGUUUACUCUGA